AUGCAGUCUGCGAGCGAAGACGCAACACCUCAGCGCGAGUCCGACCUCUCACCUCUCAGCCUCGCCGAUGGCGCUCUCGAGAACGUGACCAAGUGCGGAGACUGUGGGAAGCCGGUGCUGCAGAGCGCGAAGGAGGAACAUGCGGCAACGUGCCAAGCGACUCGCGAGGCAUCAGAUUCGCAACCCUUGAAGCGGCGACUGUCCGAAGCGUCGACGAACUCGUCUCAGCAGCUCAAAAAGUCGAAGCUCGUCGUGCACCUGAGCGGAUCUGCGCCGGACAAGGCUAAGCCGCCUGGCGGGACCGAGAAGAAGAACAAGCGAAUCGUCGACGUCGACCGACAAUGCGGCGUGAUCAACGAGAAAGGCUACCCCUGCCCGCGCUCGCUCACCUGCAAGACGCACAACAUGUCGGCCAAGCGCGCCGUCCCAGGUCGGUCGCAAGCCUACGACAUCCUCCUGUUCGAGUGGCAGAAGGCGAACAAGGCGAACCAGCAGAAGAUCGAGGCGGCGAAGUUGGCGGGCCAGCAGCCUCCGCCGACGAUCUCGACGGCGAGGCAGCAGGCGGCUGCGGCUGCUGCUGCGACCCAGGCGCAGCACGGAGGCGAUGGCGGGGCGUCGGUGGCGAUAAUGGCGCCCUCUUUCGCGCAGGACCCGAGUGGAGGCAUGCCUGCGCCCGCACCGCCGAAGCCGAAGAAGCGCAAGAGCGGAUUGAGCGGCGUCGACGGGGGCAGCUUGACAUUCAAGGUCCCUGGUGAGAAGAAGGGCAAGAAGGGAAUCGUGUACGUCGGCGAGAUGGAGGACAGCGACGACGACGGCGGAGCGGACGAACUUGUCGAUUCGGAUGAGGAGGUCGAGGCGGUCUUGCGUGGACUUGGGCGCGUCGAGCGCGGGCGACCGCUGUGGAUUCAGCGAGGAGGCGGAGCAGGGUUCAGCGCUGCGAGUAUGUUCAACGGCCGGAAUACCAAGCUGAGUAGGCUGCGGGAUACGCUGAGGGACGUCUUCCGACCGCUUUGA